AUGGCCUGUAUCAAACAUAUUUGUGUAUUUAGUUUCCUUCUCGUUGUAUUUGCUUGCCAUCAAGUUCUAAUUGCUGAGGGAAGACAACUGAAAGAAUUGAAGAAAACACUGUUGGCUGAUAACAUGAGGGGAAAAGAAAUUCAUGAGAGGCAGCGCUUUAGUAUUGGUGACACUUCAACAGUUGCAACUGGAAAAGUUAACAACAUACCAACAAAAACAGGAAAUAGCCCAGGUAUUGGACAUUCAUCUUCCGUGCCAAAAACAAAUUAUCAACCAAAACACACUACGGUUGAAGGAACAGUAGACGAUCUUAAAGGAGGACACAGUCCGGGUAUUGGUCAUGCUUCUCAGAAUGAAAAAAUUGGUCCAAAUGUCUAG